GUACUCGUAUAAAUGCAUUACAAAUUUCUUCAGCGUGGGAAAUAAAUUUUAUCAUGCGGAUUUACCGUCGGAAAAAAUUUGUAAUGCAGGAUUGCUAUUACUACGAGUGCGAUACUUUUGCACAGGAUAAGUCGUGUUCUGUCUGCUUGCUGCUGAGUCCCCCCUUACCUUUAAGCUGUUAGUCCUUGCCCGCGGGCGGCUUUUACUAUUUUUUAGCAGGGUGCCUCUUGCGGUGGUCAGUUGUUAUCUUUUCUUGUUCCGGGUUGGUAAGUUAUCCCAGCUUUCCCAUUCUAAGUUGCCUGGCCAGCAUGUAGUUCUCGUCGGUACGUAUGUAGGUAAGGCGGUUUGCCGCUUCCCCCCGGAAGUGUUGUGAUACCUUGAGGGACUUCCUGCCAGUGAAGGGGUAUCAUCGGUUUGUCUGACAGCUGAGCGCGUGCACCUCAGCUGCCUUCGGUUUUUCCAUGUGUCCCAAGGGGAGUCCGGAUCCCUGGAGGGGGACUGGGGAGCGCCCGUAGGUCCACUGCCUCUAGCAUCAGUGGUUGCUCUUCCUGCGUCCGGUCCUCUCUCUGGGUCUCUCGAAUGCCACCUGGGUCCUUAAACCCACCUAGGUCUGUUCCACGUUGCAUGCAAAACUAUCUGAUUCCGUGGGACGGCGUAACAGUGCCGGGAUCUCUGGACGAGGGCGCAAGCUUCGGAAAGGAGAUCUUUUCAACUUCACUUCACUUCACUUCACUUGAUUCAAAGAUGAUUUUCUUGAGCAACUUGUUUGUUUGAUUUUACAGAAUCUAAAACGCACAAGAGAAAUUCGUGGUUUCGACGGCGAAGCCACGCCUUGACUCUAGGGCCUGGGCCACUCGACUGCCAGCAUGCAUGAAUGCCGCCAGGUAGCCCCCGCAGCAGCAGCGGCAAAGGUAUUCUGGGGGCGCGCGCGCUGCGCGCGCGCACAAUAUUCGUCUUUCAUUCGCCAGCUAGGGCUAGCAAUGCCGCGCGCCCUGUGUCC